UUUGAUUUCACUCGUGAAAUGUGCGUUGUGCGGUGAUGACGCUAACGCACAGCAAACUAAAUUUAGCCAGCACGACGUCGACAACGAUGAGAACUUACAAAAUCUGUCGCCAAAUGCAGGCAAACUUUGCGGACGCGUAGCGGCAAACGGAAAUGUCCCACGACUAUCAAUAGCAGACACGCGCCGUCUAUCCAAAAUCAAUUCCGAAUCAAACCAAUAUAACACCAAUACAAUCCAAUACAGCCCCAUAGAACACAGAAGACAGGAAGCGAGCGCCACAGAGGAGAAUCCGCAUCAGUUCCUAUGUUCCAGAUAGAGCCGAGUUUAAAUGAAAUUGAGCAAGAGCCUGGCAAACUGUCGCGCCAUCCGGCGCUAUUUGCUCAUCUUCACGGCCGUCUCCCUGCUGCUCCUGCCCCUCUCGCUGGUCUACCUGGUGUGGAACGAGCAGCUGCAGAAGAUCCGAGGAUUCGAGGCCUUUAAUGUGCAGCAGCAGUCGCCGCAGCAGCAGUCGCAGCAGCAGCAUUCGCAGCAGCAGCAGCAAGCACCGCAUCAGCAGCCGGCGCAGCAACAUGGCCAGCUUCCGUAUCCGGUGGUCCGGUAUCCGGUGCUGCUGCUGAACAAGAACAAGAACAAGGACCUGACCGUCGUGGCAACGGGCAAGACCAAGAACAAGUGGCGCUAUGUUGAUAAAGACAGCAACCAGACGCUCCUGCCCCUCAUCCCCGAGUAUGCCGUGCAGACGCUCACGCCGCAGGAAAUGCUCCAGGUGGAGCAGCGGAUGGACCAGCGCCGGGAGCGGCUGCGGGACAAGUGCUCCGCCUACGGCCUGGACGUCCUAGGUCACGACUCGUGGCACACCCCGAACACGUGGGAAUUUCUGGUCAACAAAAAGUAUCACAUUAUCUGGUGCAAUGUCUUUAAGGCAGCCUCCUCGUCCUGGAUGUUCAACUUCAAUGUCCUGGCCGGCUACUCACCCGCUUACUUGCGCAAAACCAAAAAGAUUCUCCUCAAUCUGGCCAGGGAGCGCUAUCCCCGGGUGACGCUCGACGAGCUGCGUGAGGCGCAGAACUACUCGCUGACCUUCAUCAUCGCACGCGAUCCCUUCGAGCGGCUGUUGAGUGCCUAUCGGGACAAGAUGGUGUUCGCCCUGCCCUACUCCUUCCACGACAAGUUGGGCCGCAGCAUUGUGCGCAACUAUCGCAAGAAGCCCUCUCUAGCUGCCCGUGCCGCCAACACAAAGUUCCCAUCAUUCCCCGAAUUUGUGCACUGGCUGCUCGACCAGGUGAAGCGCGGCAGCUUCAUCGACAUGCACUUCGUGGCGGCCACCUCCUUCUGCACACCCUGCCUCAUCCGGUUCGACAUGAUACUGAAGUUCGAGUCGCUGGCGGAGGAUCAAUUAUAUCUAAUCGAAAAGACUGGCCUGAAGCGGGUGAUAGCGCCCGUGUGGCGCAACAUGGGCAAGGGCCGCAAGACGCACGAGCUGCAGCAGCAGUUUUACGCGCAACUGACGCGUCAGGAAAUGCUGGAGCUUUACGAGUAUUACAAAUACGACUUUGAGCUGUUCGACUACGACAUCCAGGAGUAUCUGCAGGUGGCCCGGCCGGAUGAGGCUGAAAGUCCGGCGGCGGGUACAAAGUAGUAACCCGGCCCCGGAACUCUUAGACUUUGCUAAAAAACCAAUGAAUCAAGUUCAACGAACUCACAUAUUAGCCGUCACAGUACGUAAUUGCAAAUGUUGAUAAUACUGAAGGAAAACAAUAAUAAACUUAACUAUAUUUAAACGAAA